UUUUCUCCCCCGUCACCGUCGCUCCGGCCCCGGCGUCCGAGCAGCGACCGACCCGCCGCCACCGCCGCAGAGAGCCGUGAGAGACAUGUGUCCCCCGGGUGCCGAGGAGGCGACAGACCGCGGCUGCAGUAAAACAGAUAAACCAUCAUGAUUCCCAUCACAGAGCUCCGGUACUUUGCUGACAGCCAGCCAACGUACCGUAUCCUGAAGCCAUGGUGGGACGUUUUCACCGACUACAUCUCGGUCAUCAUGCUGAUGAUUGCAGUGUUCGGCGGGACACUGCAGGUCACGCAGGACAAGAUGAUCUGCCUGCCUUGCAAGUGGGUGGUCAACAAGUCAUGCGAGACCAUGCCCGUCACAAACACCACCUUCGUGAUGGAACCCAAAGGCAUUCAGUAUGACCUCGACCGCCAUCAGUACAAUUAUGUCGAUGCCGUUUGCUACGAGAACGAGCUACAUUGGUUUGCCAAAUAUUUCCCUUAUCUGGUGCUACUCCACACACUCAUCUUCCUGGCCUGCAGCAACUUCUGGUUCAAGUUUCCACGCACAAGCUCAAAACUGGAGCACUUUGUCUCCAUCCUCCUCAAGUGCUUUGACUCCCCGUGGACAACAAGGGCUUUGUCCGAGACCGUGGUAGAGGAGAGGGAUCCCAAACCUCUCGCAAAAAUGAACGGUUCGAUGGACAAGAAGGCCUCCUGCGUGAGUGAGGAUGUUGAGGCUAGCGUGCCCAUGCUUCAACGAGCAAAGUCUAGAAUUGAACAAGGAAUUGUAGAUCGCUCUGAGACUGGUGUGUUGGAUAAAAAAGAAGGGGAGCAGGCUAAGGCUCUGUUUGAGAAGGUGAAGAAGUUCAGGAUCCAUGUCGAGGAGGGUGAUAUAGUCUACCGCCUUUACAUACGUCAGACCAUCAUCAAAGUAAUCAAAUUUGUACUAAUAAUUAGCUACACAGCCUACUAUGUACAAUACAUUAGGUUCAGUGUGGUGUGCACGGUGAACCUUCAGAAGCUAACAGGCUACAGCACGUUCUCUUGUGCCCACCCGUUGGCGACACUUUUCAAGAUUUUGGCCUGUUUCUACAUCAGCUUGGUUGUGGUUUAUGGCUUUAUCUGCAUGUACACUUUGUGUUGGAUGCUCAGCCGCUCCCUCAAGAGAUACUCCUUCGAAUCAAUCCGAGAGGAGAGCAGCUACAGCGACAUCCCUGACGUGAAGAACGACUUUGCCUUCAUGCUACACAUGAUAGAUCAGUAUGACCCUCUGUACUCCAAGCGCUUCGCUGUGUUUCUGUCAGAGGUGAGCGAGAACAAGCUGAGGCAGCUGAACCUGAACAACGAGUGGACGUUGGAGAAGCUGAGGCAGCGCAUCACCAAAAAUUCCCAGGAGAAGCUCGAGUUGCAUCUGUUCAUGCUCAGCGGGAUCCCAGACACAGUAUUUGAUCUGAUAGAGCUGGAGGUGCUCAAGCUGGAGCUCAUCCCGGACGUAACCAUUCCACCAAUCAUCGCCCAACUUACCAACCUGAAGGAGAUGUGGCUUUACCACACCCCAGCUAAAAUUGAGGCCCCAGCUCUGGCGUUCCUCAGGGAAAACCUAAAGUCCCUCCACAUCAAGUUCACUGACAUCAAGGAGAUCCCUCUGUGGAUCUACAGCCUGAAGAACCUCAGUGAGUUGCACCUGACUGGGAACCUGAGUGCAGACAACAAUCGUUUCAUUGUCAUCGAUGGACUCAGAGAGCUGAAAAGGCUCAAAGUGCUACGACUGAAGAGCAACCUCACCAAGCUGCCGCAGGUGGUGACCGAUGUGGGCGUGCACCUCCAGAAGCUCUCCGUCAACAACGAGGGCACCAAGCUGAUGGUGCUCAACAGCCUGAAGAAGAUGGUCAAUCUGACGGAGCUUGAGCUCGUUCGCUGCGACCUUGAGCGCAUCCCUCACUCCAUCUUCAGUUUGCACAAUCUGCAGGAGAUUGACCUGAAGGACAACAAUCUGAAGACGAUAGAGGAGAUCAUCAGCUUCCAGCACCUGAACCGGCUCAUGUGCCUGAAGCUGUGGUACAACCAGAUCGCCUACAUCCCUAUUCAGAUCGGAACGCUCACCCACCUGGAGAGGCUGUACCUCAACAGGAACAAGAUCGAGAAAAUCCCCAGUCAGCUUUUCUACUGCCGCAAGCUGCGCUUCUUAGACCUGAGUCACAACAAUCUGACCAGCAUCCAUGCUGAUGUGGGCUUCCUCCAGAACCUGCAGUACUUCGCUGUGACAGCAAACCGGAUCGAGACUUUGCCCCCAGAGCUUUUCCAGUGUAAGAAGCUGCGCACGCUGAAUCUGGGAAACAACUGCCUGCAGACGCUGCCGUCACGCUUCGGAGAGCUCACCGGCCUGACCCAGCUGGAGCUGAGAGGCAACCGUCUGGAGUGUCUCCCCGUGGAGCUCGGCGAGUGUCGGCUGUUGAAGAGGAGCGGCCUGGUGGUGGAGGAGGACCUGUUCAACACGCUGCCAUCAGAAGUCAAAGAGCAGCUCUGGAGGGCCGAUAAAGAGCAAGCUUGAGCCAAACCCCUGCAGUGAACUGUAGGAAGAGAAGUUUAAUUUAAGGGAGAAAACAAACAAGCAGUGGUUUGGUUUAUAAAGCGAGCAAAACCUUGGUUUGAGGUUAUGCAGCAUUGUUUGCCAUGAGGGCCCAGAGAAGUGACUAUGAAAGCAUAGACCACGGAUUUCAAGACCUCCAAGGAAAAAUUGUUGUAAUCUCAUCCAACCUUGCGAUGAAGUGUAAUUUCAUCCUAAAUAACAGGCUGCAGGGAUUCAAGCAGGUGACGUCGAAUAUGCAUGCCACAGGUAGACCUGUCUCAAGCAAACUUCUUAUUUGGAAGGAGCCCCAAAAAGAAACAGAAGAUACUUUGAACGACUCAGCCUUGCCAUUGAGCUCAACAAUGCUCACGAUCACUUUGUCGCCGGCUGUGGGAUCCACGCACAAACUGAACAUGCUCAAAGCAGCGUUUACCCUGCCAUUCCUCUGGCCUUGUGACUCAACAUUUCACUUUAGAAAUUUUUACAAUCACAUUUGCAGUUGUGAGGCAGUGUGACGACUGACUACUGGCGGAUGUUGGGACAAAUUAACCGAUCUGUUGAUUUGGUCUUUGGCCCUCGUCAGACUCUCGAACAAAAUGACUCUGUGGCGAAGAUCAACAGUUCAUCACAGGUGAUCUCACAGCUUAGGCCUUAACUUACAAAGAAAAGCUGUCAGAUAUUCAGCGACAACAAAUGAGAACAAUUUCUACAGAACAAUGUCUGAAUACCCUGCGGUAUUUGAUUUAUAGUGUCAGCCUGUGGGCAGGAUAUAGCUCAGCUGUAUUCACUGCGCAGUGGAGACAGAUCACAGCAAGGCAACACAAGUCUGCUGGUCAACAUUCAGAUUGAGAUUUUAUACUAUUACAUGAAGGCAAUUCUAACAGGUUGUGGGCUGAGCUAAUCAAUGGGCUUGUGUGAAAACAAAUUCUGAAUAUAACAUAAGUGAAGGCCAAAUUUGCAAUACAAAGUUCUCUAAUCUGCCAAUUUUCCCUUUUGGUCUGUCCCCUCACCACCUCCUGCUAUAACGUGGUAUCUCUUGCUACAUCCACACUAAUAUGUUUUUGUUUGAAAAUGCAUCAAAAACCAUCUUACAGGCUAUUUCCUGGGAAAGUUUAUUCAGAGUUUUACACAAGUACCUGUUAAUUAAUGUAAAGCCGUUUGUCUAAGCACAGACAUGGUGUCAUGUAGAGAUAUAGGAAACUUGAUGUAGGAACAUUAAGAAAAUAUCCAGACACAGAAAUUAAGUGAAACUAUUUUCUUUAACAGGAUCUGUGUUGAAGAAAUGCCCCAUUCCUCUUAGACUCAUUCAUUUAGCUUCACACUGCUUCAUGUCCUAACUUAUUUUGCAUGACUAAACAUCACAAACUUAACUGAUGUCUUAUUAAAUUGCGAGAUGGACCUUGUUGAAACAAACUGGAAAAUGUAUAUUGAUUCUAAGAUACACAUUUUGGUACUUUAAAAUGCUACCACACUCUAGUAUCAGGAUUGGGCCUCUGAAUCAAGCUUUAAAGUGAUUGGUUUAAUGUUGAGUAUCAAUUUAAUUCAAUUGUUUUUUUGUUUUUGUUUUUUAUGCCUGUAUAUGACAGAGAUAGAAGAGGUAUGACGUGAAUCAAAGGUCCCUGAGCACAACCAAACAAUAGAUGAUGCUUUGACGUGUCAUGCACUGUCACUAUACAGCCACUAGAGCACAAAAUGAGGCUACAUCCAUUCUACUACGUUAACGUUUGAAAAUGUAUAAACUCUGCAAUGGAUACACCUGGGGUCCACAUUGCUCCCGAGUUCUAGAGCCACUAAAACAGAGAAGUUUGGAAAUGCUGCUGGCCCUGUCUUAGUCCAAACGGGCAGAAACAGGGAUGUUUGGAAACGCUGACACAGACACUCACAACCGCUUUCUGGUUGGGUGGCCUUCUCUGAUUCGUCAGGCUCCUAUCCCAAGAUUCAACCAACCAAUGAAAAACGUUGUUGUAUGGAUGUAGACUAAGAAAUGAUUUUAAGAUCAUUAUUGGACAUACACCUGUAGUCAAAGAUCUUAGGUGACCUUUGUUCAAUUGAAGGCAUGUUGCUUCACUGACCAGAUGAGAAUUACACAAUGUCCCUGUGCUCACACAGUUUGCUGUCACUGUAUUAAAGCUACAGAGAGAGCUACACAUUCAGAAAACCCCCUGUCACAGUAGAUGUCCUUGUCAUUUUCAACUUUUAAGUAACGCAAGCAUGCAUAAUAAAAGUAGCAGAAAUCAAGGUACUUUCGAUGCGUAGUAUGAACUAUGAGCCCUCAGAUGAUUAUUGCUUACAUGACUCCUCCAAGUGGAUGAACUGUAGACGUGAUGGAUGACAGUCGUAACUAGCUGCCAGGUACUGCCUGUCUCAAAAGGACAAGUGUUGACGUUAAUGACUCAAGUGCCCAGUAGUUUGCAUGCUUGCCAUCGUGUUUAUCCUCCUCAGUUUACUCCAGUGCUUUUUUUGUUGAAUCCUUCAUGAGCAAAAUGAGGACAAGCCAGAAAUUUCAGAAUGAAGGAAACUGCUUUUAAACGACCUCCACCAGGGAAACAUUUAUUUGCAGGGAGAGUAUGCAGAGAAUGUGAUUUCAUGGUGCGUGCUGCAAAUUAGUGCAACAGCGCUUUGUGCGCUUGAAACACUUUUCUUGUUGAGACGUUGGAUUUAAUAGCAUCAUUUGGUGUAUUCCUGCUAUGUUUACUCCAGCCAGGAGUCUCUCGUUGCUAAUAAGGCCUUUCCCUUUACAAGCCGUACGCCCUCGUUAAUGAUCAUAAACAUCACGUCCAUGAGCUGUUGUUUCUCAUGUGAAAACAUAUGGCCUGAAAUGUUUGACAGCUCUAUUUCAAGCAUAUCAGUCGAUACGGUUUGUGCUCUUUAUGUUACCAGCUGUUUUUCUUUAUUUCUUUAUUUCUUUACUUUAGCCAUGUAAGAGUCUCAAGUGAAGUCUCACUGUAGUAACAUGCCUGCACCUUUGCUUACAGUGAAUCUUGUUUUACUGAGGCCUUGGCUAAAUCCAAAUGUCCUUAGAGGGUCACCAGUGAAGUGCUCCCACACAGUCUUAAAACUGCAGUCCUGUCUGCUCGAAUGUGUUGACUAGCAAGCACGUCGAGCGCAAAGAGAAACAGCUCUCAGCUUCUUCUGCAUGUGCAACUUCUUAAACAUUUUUUUAUUUUUUAUUUCCACUUUUGUGGUUUGGAUCUGGUUUCAUUUUUACCGUGCCAAGUUAGAGCAAGAACAUGUUUUUCCCUACAUACCUGCAGAUAGUGUCUGUUAACCUGUUGGAUGCUAAUGCAAAUAAUAAUUGAGGUACUGGCACAUUAAAAAGCAAUUCUAUGUGCCUCUUGUAGGGCUGGAACAUGGCUCUUUGUGGUGGAGCCGUACUGCUGACUCUCCUGCAGUGCAUCAUAGUGUCAAAUUAGGACAUUGACUUGUUGUUUUUAAUUUGUCUUGGCCUACACUUUCUGGUCAUGUGAUUACAAAUCGAAUAGUCAAUGCUAUAUUUACUUUUUUCCCACCCUUAUGUUUUGUUAAGGAGGAGUUCUGACAUAUACCCAACUUUAGAUUCAUUCUUGGUGGAGCAGGAGCACUGUUUUGCUCUGGGAAGUUCAGGAGUGUCAUAGAAGUCUUUCUCAGGGCGUCGCUGGGAUUCACACCUCAUCAGAAUAUUUGAAUUUGCUAAAUAUAUACGUAUAUAUCUCCCUUUUCCAUUUCAGCUUGGUCGUGGUUAGUCUAUGUAAACAUUGUGACACAUCUGUAGUUUGGAUUUAUAUCCACAAAUAUUUCUUGGUUUACUUAUUGGUCCAGAGCUACGACUUCUGUCGUGUUCAGUCCCUCACAGUCACUUCCCUCUGAGUCACGAGUGCAGCACAUCUAACCUGUGGCCCCAUUCCCUUUCCUGCACGUCAGCAUCAGUGAAUUAGCACGAGUGUGUGACAUGAGGUCAGUCAUCCAUUUGCCCAGCCUUGAAAAGAGAAAGUUUAAUAGAAAUGCCUCUGGGUGGCAAAACAUUUAUAGCACUUAGGUAAGUGUCAUGUAUUUUUGUAACACAUUAAAUAACCACAAUCAACACAUUUAAAAGCUUUUUCUAUUCUGUGCAAAUGUGCUGAAAAUAGUUUUUUCUUGUCAAUUUGAAGUUAAACCAUGAAAUAUUGAAACUGCGUUUGCUUGUGAGUUGUGUAUGCCUUAAGUAGUGUUGUUUGUGUGAAGCAGUGUAACUGAUCCGUUUCCGAGCCACAGAGGGUUUUAACGGAGGUCUGACAAUGAGUUGCCCUCAGCUCCUGUCCCUUAAAACAAGACAUUAUUAACAACCUAGAGACGACUAUUGACAAUCUAUCAUACUGUAAAUGGAGGUGAGCUCCCCUUCCAGUGUGCAUGGGCAUUGUGCAAAACAUCUCACAUUAUCUGUUAAUAUCUGAAAUAUGUCUGAGGAGUGAUACAUUUUGGACAUACACAAACCAUUUCACUUGAAAUCAAAUUCAAAAAUUCAACUGCCAUGAUUGCAUUGACAUCUAAUAGUUACCUAUGUAUAAAAUGUUUUUAAAUACAUGAUUGUAUUUACUAUGUAUGAAAUCCAUCUGCAUUCUGACGCAUGUAGAUAUGUGAAAACAGUUGUUUGGUUUCAGGUUUCGUAUCCACUUCAUUUCACAGCAUGAGUUGCUUGAUGCUGAACUUGUGUGCAUUAUAUUCAUAGUGUAAGCUGCCCACGUCCUCUAGCAACAGUCAUUGCUGAAUUCUAUGCCUGUAAUCUGGAUCACACAUGUGACAUGCGUGACAAGGCCUUUAAUGCUUAAUUGUUGCCAAGUGGCUCGGACACUGGCUUUUUAAGCGUGACGUCUGUAUGAAUGAACAAAUGGACUUUUGAUUUCAUAAUGUUCCGACCCUACUUUUGUACCAUUGAUGAUAAAAUAAACACUGAAUUCUGUCAC